GUCAUUGAGGAUGAUUGUGAUUCAGAAUGUGGGGCCCAGUUCCCCAGCAAGGAUUAAGAGACAGUGGGUGAAAAGGAUUAAGUGGGGUAUCCUUUUGGGACUGAUGGUCCUCAUCUAUGGAACUCAUGCCCCUCUCAUCACUAUCACCAAAGUAAAUGGUCAAGUCCCUUUCAACCCGUCCUCAUGUGUUGUAAUGAUUGAGCUAGCUAAACUCCUCAUCUCGCUGGCGACUCUUCUUCUAACUGGGGGUAAAUCAGCCUUAUAUGCUCCUCCACGCCUCGCCCUUGUUGCCCCCUACGCAGUCCCUGCCAUACUCUACGCCCUCAACAACAACCUGGUCGUUCUCAUGCAGGCCUACAUGGACCCGAGCUCAUACCAAGUACUCUCUAAUCUUAAAAUCGCCUCCACUGCCCUGCUCUACUCCAUCUGUCUGGGCAAGAGGCUCCAGCCUGCUCAGUGGUUAGCCCUGGGGCUGCUCAUGUUCGCAGGGGCGUUCCACAGCUACAGCAGCCUGAAUUUAGAGGACCCCGUGGGGAGCGAAGCUGAGGAAGGUCCCAGGCUUCAUAUCACAACUUGGGGUCUUUUCCUGGUGCUGGUUUACUGCUGCGUUUCAGGGCUGGCGGCAGUUUACACCGAGAUGGUGCUGAAGAGCCAGAAGCUGCCCCUCAGCCUGCAGAAUCUCUACCUCUACAUGUUUGGUGUGGCCAUCAAUGGACUGUCCUCCUUCUCUGCUGUAGCUAGUGACAAGAGCUUUCUGGAGGGCUACUCGGGGGUGGUUUGGACCAUCAUAGCGGGACAAGCAGCUAAUGGACUCCUGAUGUCUGUGGUGCUCAAGCAUGGCAGCGGGAUCACCAGACUGUUUGUCAUUUCCUGCUCCAUGCUGGUUAAUGCUCUGAUGUCUUGGGUCAUCUUAGGUUUGCAGCUCACUCCUUUUUUCCCCCUGCCUGUUACUAUGAUUGGACUGGCAGCCUACCUUUAUUACAGAUAGGAGAGUCUUCAUCAAAGGAACCACACUUUAGACUAUGAGAUUAACUUUCAGAUGUGGUUUGUUUUCUGCCUUCUGUCCAUCUGCCUUUUGAGCCUUGAAACAGGAGGUUUUUUUUCAUUUUGAAUCCAACCCAUGUGUUUGAUUUGUAACCGUAUCAAAUGUUAACAGUCACGUUAGCCGAUGCCGAAUUUGACAGUUUAAAUGACACAAAAGUUGACUUUAUUAUUGUUACACUGUUGCAGUAAAUUCGUAUUAUAAUGGAUAAUAUAUCUUGAGUUAAACAUUUCUGAAGAGUUGCUGCUAUUGUAAUUUUUUCUUUCAUAUCACAUUCUUUGCCAAGCACAAUGUCAGAUAGCGUGUUAUUAAACCAAUAAACUGGAAAAAAAACA